AUGGUCAAAGAUUCUUUGGACUACGAAAGAAGAUGUGAAGCUUGUCAAUUACAUGCGAACUUCAUAUACAAACCUCCGGAGCCCUUACAUCCUACAGUCGCCUCAUGGCCAUUUGAUUCGUGGGGUCUUGACAUCGUGGGACCUAUUUCUUCUAAGUCGUCCGCAGGUCGCGCUUAUAUACUGGCAGCUACUGACUACUUCUCCAAAUGGGCGGAGGUUGUUCCUUUGAAGGAAGUGAAGAAGGAAACGUGGUCGAGUUCAUUCGUUCCCAUCUUAUCUUUAGAUAUGGAAUACCUCGAUGCAUCAUUACCGAUAAUGGAAAACCGAGUUGGAGGCGCAGAUAAGAAGAGAUUAGAAGCUCAGCAACAACUUGAGUGCUAUCAAGCUCGCAUGUCCAAAGCAUUCAAUAAAAAGGUCCGCCCUCGAUCAUUUCAAGUUGGAGAUUUGGUUCUGGCAGUAAGAAGGUCAAUUACCCUCACCCAACGAAUGGGGAAAAAAUUCACGUCUAAAUGGGACGGCCCCUAUGUAGUGAAGGAAGCUUACACGAGCGGCGCCUACAAGUUGGUGGACAAUGAUGGAUUACGAAUUGGCCCUAUAAAUGGUAAAUUCUUGAAGCGUUACUACCCUUGA